CCUCAAACAAUACUGCUGUGUACUAUACGUGCUAUAUAAAGCAAGGUUUUGGACACGUUAAAUUUGUAGGCUUUUAGACCAGACAGGAACAUCAUUGGACAUCAUAUAUUCACAAUGAAGACCCUCAUCGUGAUCUUGUUGCUGAGUUUUGUGUGCCUAGUACACUGUAGAGGUCCGCGGCUCUCCAACAUGAUUACGUCAAAUUUGAGGAGUUCAAAGGUCAACAACAAACGGAUGAUCAAUGAGACAAAUAUUCCACCAUCACGUGGUCCAAUGGAAGAUGACCUUUACGAGAUACAACAAGCUUUUAUGUUUCCUGGAAGUAACUACCUUAUAGACUUACUUAAAGAUUACGUAUCCUAUAUGAUGGAAAAUGACAUGGACUCUGUUGACAUGAAAGAUUUUUUCCAGUUUCCAGAAUGCGACAUAAAGGACUUAAUGAGUGAAUGGCGUAAAGUGUCACGUGUUGUAGAAGAUACGGAGGUAAUGGCCGUAUACGCUACAAGAAUGCUCAUGAAACCAAUUCUAAAUGAGAGAAUGAGAUGUCCAGCAAACGUGGUCGAUGUUGCAAUUGCAAAAGCCUUGAUGAAUAUACGAGAACAUUACACGAACAAUGAGGAUAGCUCUUGGUACAAAAUGUUCAUGGACAUCUUGCCGCAACUCGACUCUCAACUACAACCAUAUGUACAAGACAUUGCAAACCAAGGCGUUGAAUGAACUGCACGGAUAUCUGUUCGACCAAUCAAUAGAACUGCUCUUUACAUUCGGAUUACGUGACGUUGCUUUUACAUCACACAGACUGUAUGAUAACCUCAGAGGGUACUUUGAUAUGGAAGAUAUGUACCCACAAGACAGGGAGAAUAUGCUAAAGGAAUCCGUGCGAAUGUCUUUGUGGGAUAUCUGGUGUCCGGUUUCGUAUGAAAUUAUUGAGAACCACAGGAAAAUAGUCAUGACGUUUAAAAAUGAGUUCGAGAUGAUCGAGCAAAUGCACAUUUGUCCUAAAGUAGCAGAUUUCCUAUAUAGAUAUAUCGACAAUAACUUACCUUGGCAUAAUGCCACAUUUGAGAAUACACAAGGUUUUUGGAUGCUAUGUGAUCUAGUAGGGGACAUAGUAAAAGAAACUGUUGAAGGCUACAAGGACUACGAAACUUUUCUGUAUACCAUGAACAUCGGGGACUUAGAAAGUGUGCUACAAAAAUACUUGACUGAUGAAGACUGGAAUGUAUUUACAGACGCUCUUAGAAGAUUGGGAUUUUUCGAUACAACUGUAGUAAGAUCCUUGGAUCGUAUUUCGUCGAAGUGGUUAAAGAGAAAAUGAUAUUAAACUCUAUUUAUAUCGUUGGGUAUUUGUUGUAAUGAGAUGAUAGAAUAAAAUAUUCGAUAAAGCU